AUGGAUCAUCCAGUAAAGGAGAUCAAGACCGUCAUCCGGGACCUGGUUCAGGGCUCACCGGAGAAGCAGAAAAAUGCCCUAUACUCCAACUUUACCGAGGACGCCGCCUUCACCCACCCCUUCUGCCACGUCCCGUCCUUUGGCAAUGUACAGAUCCCCUUCCUCUCCACCAUCAACUCGCGCUGGCUCAUCCUUAUGGUCUACCGCUGGUACCGCAUUCUGAGCCCCAACAUUGAGAUGGAGAUUGAGUCUACUGUCGCGAUACGCCUACCUCACGAUACCGUGGUCAGAGUGCUGCCUAAGCGCGGCUACCGCGACAAUUCAGCUCUCUCGCCAGAUGUUGACCAUUUUACAGUCCAAGACCAAAAGACCAACCUCCUCUACGUCAAGAUGCGCCAAGACUUCCGCCUCUGGUUCGUGCCCUUCUACAACGCGCCCGUUGAUUUUGUCGUCGUUCUCCGCCUCGAGACCCGCACCGUCGACGCCAACGGCAACCUGCUGCCCCGCGGUUACGGCGACUCCAACACGGUCGGCAACCGCCAGCGCCAGUUCAUCGUGAGCCAGGAGGACCACUACCAGGUCGGCGAGUGGAUCAAGUUCCUCAUUCCCUUCUUCGGCUACUGGGCCUGGCAUGCUUGGACCCUGUUCGUGACGGGGCUGUGCGUCAUUGGUGCCUUCGUUGGAUACCCUCUUACCUUCCUCUUCCAGCAGUUCGCUGUGAACAACAGCACCAAUGGCACGGGCAGCAGUCAGGAGAACAAGAGAGACUAG